GUGGCUCCUCCUCUGGUUCGGGGCGAGGUCUGAGCAAAAAAAAAAAAAUCUGAUAGGAAAAGUUUGAGCAGAAGAAGUUGGUGGAGUUUGUAGAUCUGAAACUCUCUGCAUCUUCUUCCUCAUCAUGUCCGGCGUGGCGUCCACUCUGGCCAAGAAGCGAGCCCUGGCCGCGGGCUUCGGCACCAACGCCAACGCGUUGCGGUACCUGAACCAGGACUUCAGCUCGCUGCGGGCGCAGUGCCGCUCCUCCGGGAAGCUCUUCUGCGACCCGACGUUCCCCGCCGCGCCCGAGUCCAUCGGCUUCAAAGAGCUGGGCCCCAGCUCCUCCAAGGUCCGGGGCGUCACCUGGAAGAGGCCCACGGAACUCGUCUCUAGCCCGGAGUUCAUCUUGGGCGGAGCCACCAGGACCGACAUCUGUCAGGGCGCUCUGGGUGACUGCUGGCUGUUGGCGGCCAUCGCCUCUCUGACCCUGAAUGAAUACGUGAUGGCCAGAGUUGUUCCCACUGACCAGGGCUUUGGUAGUGACUACGCUGGCAUCUUUCACUUCCAGUUCUGGCAGUUCGGGGAGUGGGUGGACGUGGUGAUCGACGACCGGCUGCCGGUGAAAGACGGCGAGCUGAUGUUCGUCCACUCGGCCGAGAAGAGGGAGUUCUGGAGUGCCCUGCUGGAGAAGGCCUACGCCAAAGUGAACGGCUCCUACGAGGCACUGUCUGGUGGGUCGACCACCGAGGGCUUCGAGGAUUUUACUGGAGGCAUUGCUGAGAACUACGACCUCAGACAACCCCCCUCCAACUUGUUCCAGAUCAUCAAGAAGGCCCUGGAAGCCGGAUCGCUGCUGGGCUGCUCCAUCGAUAUCACGAGUGCUGCAGACUCUGAAGCUGUGACUCGUCAGAAGCUGGUGAAAGGCCACGCCUACUCACUGACUGGUGCUGUGGAGGUGAACUACCGGGGGCGUCCGGAGAAGCUGGUGAGGAUGAGGAACCCCUGGGGGCAGGUGGAGUGGACGGGAGCGUGGAGCGACGGGUCUUCUGAGUGGAACUACGUGCAGGGGGAGUGUCCUCACGCCAACGCAGAGGACGGAGAGUUUUGGAUGUCCUUCAACGAGUUUCUGCGUCACUACUCUCGUAUCGAGGUGUGCACUCUGACCCCAGAUGCCAUCGAGGAUGACUCUGUCAAACACUGGAGUGUCAGCAAGUUUGACGGCAACUGGAGGAGAGGAUCCACUGCCGGAGGCUGCAGAAAUCACCCAUACACGUUCUGGAUGAAUCCGCAGUUUGUGAUUAAGCUGAAUGAGGAGGAUGAUGACCCCGAUGAUGGUGAGGUGGGCUGCAGCUUCGUGGUGGGUCUGAUCCAGAAGAACCGCAGGAAGAUGCGCAAACAGGGGGAGGACAUGCACACCAUCGGGUUCGCCAUCUACGAGCUUCCAAAACAGUUCCACGGGCAGACCGAGGUGCACCUGGAUAAGAACUUCUUCCUGACCCACGCUCAGACCGCGAGGUCGGAAACCUUCAUCAACCUUCGUGAGGUCAGCACUCGCUUCAAGCUGCCGCCAGGGGAGUACCUGAUUGUCCCAUCCACCUUUGAGCCCAACCUGAACGGCGACUUCUGCAUCCGGGUGUUCUCUGAGAAGCAGUCAGAGACAGUGCCCUGUGACGACCCCGUCAGCGCCGAGCUCAGCGAUGAGACUGUGCCGGAAAGUGAGGUGGAUGCUGGAUUCAGAAACCUCUUUGCUAAACUCGCCGGAGAUGAUAUGGAGAUCUCUGCAGUGGAGCUGAGGACCAUCAUGAAUAAAAUCGUCUCCAAACGAACUGACAUCAAAACUGACGGCUUCAGUGUGGAGACCUGCAGGGUCAUGGUGAACCUGAUGGACGACAGCGGCAACGGGAAGCUUGGCCUCGGAGAAUUCGCCACACUGUGGAAGAAGGUGCAAAGAUACCUGUCAAUCUAUAAAAAGAACGACUCUGAUAACUCGGGGACAAUGAGCACUCCUGAGAUGAGAGUGGCCUUCAAAGAUGCAGGUUUCACUCUCAAUAACACCAUCUACCAGCUGCUGGUGGCCCGAUACUCUGAAUCUGACAUGACCAUCGACUUUGACAACUUUGUGGGAUGCCUGAUGAGAUUGGAGAUGAUGUUCAAGGUCUUCAAGAAGCUCGACACUCAGGGCAGCGGCUCCAUCGAGCUCAACUUCCAGCAGUGGUUAAACUUCGCCAUGAUCUGAGCUGCAGCACGCCUUCUUCCUGUUUACAGCCGCCGCCUCACUUCCUGUCACCGCUCUUGUUUUAUAUCCAUGUUUGAAUCUCUACACUAACUGACUGACAUGUAAGGUCAAUAAAUCCUUUAAACCUGGAA